AUGGGCAACCUGCUCAUUCUCCUGGCCCUCUGUGUACGUCACUGCAGGAAAACCUACCCGAUUUCAUCAGAAAAAUGGCUGGAAGCUAACAUAUUCCCAUACAGAUGGUCAUGGCCUUGGCGUACGUUCAUCCUCAAUUGUCUCUGCCGUUGGGCGCAAACUGACAUCGAACAACGAAAUAGGUCCUUCUUCGCCGGCGCACUUCCCCUGUCCCUGAGCCUCUCGCAAUCCCAACUACGAUUAAUAUCCAGCAUCGGCGUUGGAAUCCUUGUCGGCACAUCCCUUAUCGUCAUCAUCCCCGAAGGCAUUGAAGCCGUCGCGACAACAAACACCGUCCAGCCGGCGCAUUUGCACAAUGCUGCCGCUGCUGCGAGGCGCAGUCUCAUGGGAGUGGGAGGGAGGUCCUCGCAACAAACAGUCAACUGGCGCAUCGCUGGAAACCAUCUGGAGGCAAGGAACAGCAAUGGCGACGAGAUCCCCCAUAUCAAGACACACAAGGUCGUGACCGCCGAGCAAAUCCUGAAGAGCCUCCGCAAGAAGAGGGAUGAAGAGCCACCAAAGGAAGACACAAAGUCCAGUUUCCAAAAGUCCACCAACCCCACAACCGAAAAGCAGGAGGGCGAUGAUGACCACCACGAGAACGGCCUCCCAACAUUUCAGAUCGGCCUUUCUUUGACCCUCGGCUUCGCCCUCAUGUUUCUCAUCGACCGCCUCCCGCAGCACGCCUUCGCCUCUUCCUACCAAUCGGGCCCACAGACUCGACACAUUUCCCUCGACAACCUCGAGACCUCCUCCAUCUCCGAGUCCGUCCUUGAGGGACGCGAUGGAUCCUCCGAAACCGACGGCUUCCUUUCUUCGUUCCUCAGCCCCUCGCCAAAACAAGCUCGCACGCUAGCGACAACAGUAGGAUUGGUCAUCCACGCCGCGGCCGACGGCAUUGCCAUGGGAGCUAGCGCCACGACGGAGGAUAUGCGUCUGGGCUUCAUCAUCUUUGUGGCUAUCAUGGUGCACAAAGCGCCGGCAGCUUUUGGGUUGACUUCGGUUCUGCUGAGACAGGGGUUGUCGAAGCGGGCGGCAAGGGGACAUCUGAUCGUGUUUAGCGCGGCGGCGCCUGUUGGAGCGUUGGUGACGUAUUGUAUCGUUCAGUUGUUCCUGGGCGGAAGUGAUGGGCAGGUGGCUGCAGAAGGGAGCGGAGGCAAACAGUGGUGGACGGGCAUGUUGUUGUUGUUCUCUGCGGGGACGUUCUUGUAUGUGGCCAUGCACGCCAUGCAAGAAGACAGCAACUCCCACGAUCAUCACUCAGGCAGCAGCAACGGAUACGCAGACGGAAGCAGUUCGCAACAGAAGAGGCAACCAAAGCCGCUGAGGGACACCAUGUUUACUGUCUUGGGGAUGCUAUUACCGCUUCUCACGCAGUUUGGCCAUCAUCAUCAUUGA